CGUAGCAAAAAUUGCAGUAAAGCAGUUAAAAAGCCCUAAUUUUCAAUUCUAUUAGCAUAAUUAGUAAAUUCAAAUGCGUCAAUAGUUUAUUUCGGAGAGCAAAUCGUGAUAAUCGCCGCAAAGUACAUACUAGCUGCGUUUGACCGACUGCGUGUAUGUAUGUACAUGUACCGAUGGAGCUGUAAAAAACCAGUUAGUUCGGUGAAAGAAAUUCAAUAACGUCGUGUAGUAAAAAGAACAAAUUGUUUUGUGUGUGUGUAAGCGCUGGAAAAAAAUCCAACCUGGUACAACCGCUUUCCUUGCUCAUUAGCGACGGCAGCGACAUUGCACUUGCUUUACUCUGGAACUCUGAGUUGCAAGCUCAACCCUCAUACGAGCGGCUGCAGCAGCCGCCGCCGCAAUUAUUGACAAAUUGAUAUAUGGACACAUACAUUCAACGUAUAUCAUAAAUGCAUGGAGACAAGUGCAGCUUGCAUCCAAAGGUGAUAUCAUCAAAGAAAGCGACUAUUGUGAUCAUAAAUACUAGACGCGAGUGCGCGUAGCUGCGAUAAAAUGGCUUUAAUAUAACUGUGCAUUGGGUUAACAGAAUCUUACACACAGCUAACACAACACACAUUCGCAAUUAUUGAGAAUUAAAUAAGUUUGCAAGAAACAGCAAAGAAGAACAGGACGCGCAUUUAAUUAGAAGCAAAUAAAUUAUAUUUGGAACAUCAGCAGGAUGAACUCGUUUGUGCGUAUGUUCAGUAAUUUCCGGGACUUUUACAAUGACAUCAAUGCCGCGACAUUGACUGGAGCCAUCGAUGUCAUCGUCGUGGAGCAGAAGGAUGGAGAGUUCCAGUGCUCACCCUUCCACGUGCGAUUUGGGAAAUUGGGGGUGUUGCGCAGUCGGGAGAAAGUGGUGGACAUUGAAAUAAAUGGCGCCCCUGUGGACAUUCAAAUGAAACUAGGCGACUCGGGCGAAGCUUUUUUUGUUGAGGAAUGUCCCGAAGAUGAUGAGGAACUGGCUGAGAAUCUGGCCACAUCACCUAUACCAAAGAGCUUUCUUUCCACCGAUAAGGCCAACGAUACAAUGGAAGACUUAAGCGGCGUGACUAUUGACAAAAACGCUAGUGAAGAAUUGCAAAUUCCCUUGCCAUUGCCGCGGCGCAAUUCGAUUGACUUCUCCAAAGAAGAGCCCAAAGUUGCUACUAUUGAGGGCUGUGUACUGGAAAAUCAAGUCUCUGACUACACACAACGCAGGCACACAGACAACACCAUGGAGCGUCGAAAUCUUAGCCAAACCCUAAAGGAGUUCACGACUCAGAAGAUACGUCAGGAAUGGGCUGAGCACGAAGAGUUAUUUCAGUUUGAUGCAACUGAGAAGGAGAAGGAUCUCAUGACAGUACUGAAGGAAUUGGAAGUGAAGCAGAAGGAGGUAAAGCAGAAGGAGGUAAAGCAGAAGGAGGAAAAAGAGAAGGAGGCAAGCCGAAAGGUUGUGGAAGCCGAAGAGUCACCCGCUCCCACAUUAGAUAAAAAUUCAAGGAAGCGGGCAUUCAAGGUGGAUAAAAAACUAAAAAAUGCUUCGUUAGCUGUUGUAGCGCCUACAGCUGAGCCAGAACCGAUAUGUACAUUGGCACCUUCCGAUCCACAGGAGUUAGAUGAAAGCACAAUCAACAACAAUAAUGCUAACAUUAAGGAUGAUCCCAAAAACAAGACCAAGAAGCGACGCAAGAAGUCACAAAUGAAGAAAAAGAACUCACAACGCAAAACCUCCUCGAGCAGCUCCGUGUGCAGCACCCAGGGAGGGGAUAAUGCGAGCAAUGCUGAUGCGAUUUCGCUUAGCUCUAAUGUGGUGGCCAAUAUUGAUGAGGCCGAAGUGCCCUCCGUCUCGAUCUCCAAUAAGACAGCUUCAUCCUCAACCGAUGAGUACACGCCUAAAUCCACGGACCUGCUGUCGGCACCUCUUGUGACGGCUAAUGGUGACGACGAAAGUCCUCUAGGCGAUGAUCACACAUUGCCACACACUCCCAGGGCCCAGCGCUCGGAGCCCACGAUCCUUGAUCUGGACAUACAUUUCUUCAGUGACACCGAAAUUACGGCGCCAUCUGGUAGCGGCGCCUCUGGUACUAUUCGCGGCGCUGGACGCCCCUCAACACCAAUACAAAGUGACAGCGAGCUGGAAACAACGAUGCGGAACAAACGUCAUGAUGCCGAUGCCGACGAAAAUGCCGCCUCCUGGAAAUGGGGUGAGCUGCCGACGCCUGAGCAGGCCAAGAAUUCAGGCAGUGCCAAAGCACAAAACAGUGAGCAUCAAUCCAUGCUAAGCAAUAUGUUCAGCUUCAUGAAAAGGACUAAUCGACUGCGCACAGAACUUAAUGAGGCGGGAGGCAUAUAUCUAUCCGAUUUGGAUGCCGGCAGUAUUGAUCCCGAAUUAGUUGCCCUUUAUUUCCCCAGUUCCAAGCCCAAAGAAUCCACACCAGCAACAACACAGAGCGGAGACGAGGAUCACGAGAGUGGCAAUGGCACCAGCUUGCCGCACUCACCUAGCUCGCUGGAGGAGGCCCAAAAGAGCUUGGACUCGGACUAUGAGGAAAGCAAGCACCAGCAGGAUAACAAAUAUUUGGACUUUGUGGCCAUGUCUAUGUGCGGCAUGCAGGAGAAUGGUUCUCCCCCAUCGGAUGCAGAUUUCGAUAGACAGCUGGUCAACUAUCCGGACGUGUGCAAAAACCCUAGUCUGUUCUCAUCGCCAAACUUAGUUGUACGUCUAAAUGGCAAAUACUACACUUGGAUGGCUGCAUGUCCCAUUGUUAUGACAAUGAUAACAUUCCAGAAGCCACUAACCCAUGACGCGAUUGAGCAGCUUAUGUCGCAGACCGGUGAAGGUACGAAAGGCGUAGAUGCCGAGAAACCCACGGCAGUCGAAGGCACUGCGCAUACGGAAAACGUCGGCCAGACAAAACGCUCUUGGUGGAGCUGGAGACGAUCGCAAGACGCGCAGCCUAAUCAUGCCAAUAUACCGGUGACUAAAGAUGAAAAAGAUGGUGAUCAAGCCGCUGUUGCCACACAGACCUCGCGUCCAAACUCGCCCGAUAUUAGCGAUAUAACUCUGAGCAAGAGCGAAUCGGUGGUGAAUGCAGAGAACACAUCGGCCUUGGUCGACAAUCUUGAAGAGCUGACCAUGGGCUCCAGCAAGAGCGACGAACCGAAGGAGCGCUACAAGAAAUCUCUGCGCCUAAGCUCGGCUGCCAUUAAAAAACUCAACCUCAAGGAGGGCAUGAACGAAAUCGAGUUCAGCGUGACUACUGCCUACCAGGGCACCACACGCUGCAAGUGCUAUCUCUUCCGUUGGAAACACAACGACAAGGUGGUGAUAUCAGAUAUCGAUGGAACGAUCACCAAAUCCGAUGUUUUGGGCCACAUUUUGCCGAUGGUCGGCAAAGACUGGGCGCAACUAGGCGUCGCCCAGCUGUUCUCGAAAAUCGAACAGAAUGGAUACAAGUUAUUGUAUUUGUCGGCUCGUGCCAUUGGACAAUCGCGCGUGACACGCGAGUAUUUGCGCUCCAUACGUCAGGGCAACGUUAUGCUACCCGAUGGUCCGCUGUUGCUGAAUCCCACAUCAUUGAUAUCGGCAUUCCACCGCGAGGUAAUUGAGAAGAAACCAGAGCAAUUCAAGAUCGCCUGCCUGUCAGAUAUACGUGAUCUGUUUCCCGAUAAGGAGCCCUUCUAUGCCGGCUACGGCAAUCGUAUAAACGACGUGUGGGCCUAUCGCGCUGUCGGCAUCCCCAUAAUGCGUAUCUUUACGAUCAACACCAAGGGUGAACUGAAGCACGAGUUGACUCAAACAUUCCAGUCUUCUGGCUACAUCAAUCAGUCGCUCGAAGUCGACGAAUACUUUCCACUCUUGGUGCACCACGACGAAUACGAAUAUCGCACGGACGUAUUUGACGAUGAGGAGGAGGAGGACGAGCUCCAAUUUAGCGACGACUCUGAUAUAGACAUAAGCGCAAGCGAUGCCGACGAUGGCAUCGACACUGAUGGCGAUACUCAUUCACCGGAUUUGGGCCUUAUAUUAGGCUCGCGACACCUCUUGGACAAAAAUGAAGUAAUGUUCCGUCUACCCCGCUAUAACUUAGACGUUUAGUCUAAUAUUAAUUAUAAACAUGUAUUGGCUAAUUUGUAAGACUCGAGUGCUGGAAAAAUUUGAGGCAGAAAUAUGAUAUGUGAUAGAUGCGUUGUGCCAAGUUAGGUUCUUAAAAUUAAUUUAUGCUGUUGUGUCCUCGAUGCGGGUUCCAAAACAAUCCGUUUUUAUGUUCUAGCCUUAAGUUGUUAAAAACAAAAAGAAAUGAAACCAAACCAACGACAUUAUGAAAAUAUAUUCGGGCGUUACGCUGAGUACCUUUGAGUCUAAGACCUUUAGACUAGAUCGUAAGUGUAUUAGCACUAAGGCGUACAUAUACAUAUACUACAUACAUACAUAUUUUACAUACAUAAUAAAUUGAGCAACAUUUUGUGGUUAUAA